CAUAGGGUAUUAUUGCUCUAUGACUCCAGUAUACUUAAUUUUUUUUAAUCUACACAUUUAAAUAAUUUUAUUGUUAGUGAUGUAAUUAUUUAAUAAAAUAAAUUAUAUUAUUAAAGAUUAUCAAUGAUACCAUUAGUUAGAUUCAGUUGUAUUAUAGCUUUUGUGUUAAAUUUAUGUUUAUAAUAUAAAUAUUUAGUUAAUAAAUAUCAAUUAUGGGUUCUGAACAGAGUUCUCAAGCUAAUGUUUCAAGUAAUCAAUCAAAAUCAAAAAAUAUGAAACUAAAAAGGGGAAAAUCAGUUCCCGAAAGUUCUUGGCACCACAACUCACAAGAUGGACAUUACAGCAAAGCAGUUAGUACAAAUACUUCACCAGGCCAUAGUGUUUGCAGUGAUAAAGACUUAGCAUUUGUCUCAUACACUAUUAAUGAGCCCAUUGGUGAUUCACCAAAAAAACCUAGUACUAUUACAAGAGGACGUUCAAUGCAAAUGGAAACUAAGAAGGCAACUAAAAAAUUAUCCAAAGUUGCACCUAAACAUAAUAUUGUUGUUGUAAGGGCUGCUGUUCAAGAAGAUAAAGAUAUAGAUGAGGAUCUUAGUAGACUUAAACAAGUUCCAUCAUUUUUACCAAUAAUACGAGGUACUGUAUCAUUACCAGCUGCAAGAGAUCGUGAAGCUUUAGAACGAAUAGACUCAAAUUCAUUUUAUAGACUUUGUUUUCAAUAUCAAAUAUACUUAAAUAGUUGUGCAAAAGCUGUUUCCUCUGAUCAAACAUUAAUUAAUAAACAAAUAUCAGAACUCGAAAAUGAUACAGCAAAGAUUUUAUCUCAACAUUUAGCUAAUUACAAACAUUAUGCUAAAGUUUGUGAACAAUUCAAAUGUAUUAAUGAUAUGAAUAAACGGCUCAAUGCUUGUCAUUUAUUAUUGAACCAAACAUUAGAUUCUGUACAAAUAUUAAAUAAUAAUUUGCCAGUUGAAGAUCGUUUAGAGCCAUUUGUUUGGACUACUGGUUAAACAAAUCAAAAUAAUUUUAUUAUAUGAUUGUUUAAUAUUUAAUCUGAAUUUCAAUCUAUUUUAUUAAAGUGUAUUAAUAUAGCUUUAUUCAAUAUUUCUUAUAAGUAUUGAUUUAGGAGAAUACAGAGUAAUGAUCACAAUCUUAAUAUCUUGUAAACUAGUAAUUUUUGGCUUAUGUUAUAAGUAACAAAAAUGAUCAUUGAAACCAGCUUAAUAUGUGUACACAAUUUGAUAAUAUUUUUGUUAUUAUUUUGUCAUUCCUCAUGUUUUUUUGUGUUGAGUAUUAUAAUUAUUCUUAUUAAUAUUUUUUACACAAAUUUUCAGUUAUAAAGAUCAAAUUGAUUAGCUUGAUACAACAAGAUAAAUCCAACUUUUAUAAAAAAUAAUUUUUUUGAAUAGUGGUAGUAGUAUUAAAAUUUUGCCUAUUAAAUUUUUUUAAUUUUUAAGGGUAAUGUCUUACGUUAAACAGACUGGGAUAUAAAUCCAGCGUUACCUAUUGAUUAGCAAAAUAAACUUUGAGUAUUAUUAAUGAAA